CUUCCCUCACUUCCCCUUAGUGUUGGAACGAACCACAGACAAUGAGUGUAUGAUGUCGUAGAGGCGAACACCGUCUCCACCUUCGUUCUGUUUUGAAAAAAGCCCCGUUACCUGGCGUCCUAUGUGCCGCGAACAAGAGCCGCGCCAUACAUACGGCUGCCGCGCGCGUGUGCAGCGGCGUUUUUUGACACGGAUGUCGGAACUUUUUGGCAGCUGGUAGCAAGUACGCCGUCAUUGCGAUCUGGUGGCACGUUACUGGAAGUUGUGGACGGGAAAAGAACGGAGAAGGUAGAGUAGCGUCGACAGUACCUGAGACCCCCCUCCGCGAACUGGAUGAAAGCAAGAGUGGGGUUACGAUAGAUUCUCAUGCGAGGCACCAACCUUUACACUGAGGACACUGCGUCUUCAGACCCGCGCGAAAGUGGAUUUUGUUGGUGGUUACUCUUGGGCAACAAAGCCGGAAAUGUCUUGUCCGCCUGAAAAAGUGGUUCUCCGUCCACAUCUGAAACACGAACUUGGCAACUUUCCAACGCCACAUAGCUUCCUUCGCACUUUUGAGGCAUCGUAUAGCUGUCCUGUCCUCUCCGAGUUGUCCCAGCAGCUCGAACCCACACACUUAACUGUUGCAUGCUGGGAGGGUGACUGGUGCCCAUGCGCCGUUUGUGACAUGAGCGACCUCCCUCGGUGUCGGCGUUCUUAUGGGGUUCUUUUGGAAGAGCUGAGCUGGACAAUAUUUUUAAAAGCAUUGUUGGAUGAUGUCACCAAAAACGAAAGGAUCCCCUUGUCUCUGUUAGAUAGUGGUCGCCCCUUCGAACUGGACAUCAGUCUUUACGAUCGUUCCCCGAAAAAGAGAGAGUACUGCAGGUUAAUGGAUGAGGCGCUGCUCCGUGUUCCCCGUGUCUUCUUUGGCAAAACGCGGAUGUCAGCAAAACAGGUUUGUUUAAUGUCUUCCUGUGUUCAUAUUUGGGAGUGCUGCGGCGAUGUGAACGGCUUUUGAACUGUCGAAUUCACCCUCAUGUGCGGGUUUGUUCUCCAAAGUUUGGCCUAAGUUCCUGAAGCGGUUCCACAUUGAAACAUUAUUGCCGACGAGCGUCGGCUUUAGGUUCCGUCAGCGACCUCCCACCACAGUGUAUGAGCACGUCGGCGUCACACUCCACUUUCUGACCGCGCGUGGAAACUGUCUUAGGGUGAUCCUGUCUUAUGUUCCGUCAAACCGUGAGUCUACCUCGUCAAAAUCGCGGCACAUAUCUCAUGUGUCUUGUCUCCGGAGAGAUUGGAAACUUUUGAUUCAACGGUGUGUUACGGCUAUACUCCACUGUGUACAGGGAGUGGAUUUGCUGCCCGUGUUUAGCCGCCAGCCUCUCUGUUCCUUUUCCGCAUCCACCCCCGAUGUCCGCGAGCAGCACUCGUUGUGAAGUGCGGACCGCCCGCGUUUCGGCUCGGCACGCUCGUAUCUAGAGUCUUUGAGUAUCCAACACUCAACCUCUUAUCCUUGCUCUUUGCCCUCAUUCGGAUGACCGACGCUCGGUUUUCCCCCAGUCCAUCCAAGUGCAGUCGCAAAAAUGGCUGGCCUGGACACUUUGGCCCUCGAAGAUGUUGACCUGGACGGGCCUUUGAGUUCCUCCAUAGGAGAAAGCUGCUCGCCUCGUAGUCGAGGCGACUCGAUACUCGCAAGCCAACAGGAUGCGCACCCUCCUGUCGCAUACAAGGCUGCUUUUCUACACUGUUUAACGCCGCCGAGCAUGCGAAGCAAUUCCUGGACCGAAUGUCUAGAGGGCCAAGAUGACACUUCCCUGUGCUCCAAUGUGCUUCGGAAGACUUCUAGCAAUGUGUCUGUGUGUCGAAAUAGCAAUGGAAAGGAGAAUGCACCUGGCUCCAACCCGUGUCCGAUACCACGGGCAAGCGUGGCUUCUGACAGAGAAACGCCGUGUCAUAGCGAGCAAAAGUCGUGCCCGUUCACAGAACGAGAUCGUGUCGCUGGGUUUCUCACGUUUCUCGUUUGUGGGGUGGCCUCACUGUCGUGCUGGCAGUUUCUUCUUUCGAUGACGCCCUACAUAGAAAUGACUUUCUUCCAGUCCACGCCGAUUGGAAACUCCCUCCUGGGUGUCUACCAGGUCGGUUGUAUUUGUGUACAGUUAGUCCUCAUGUUCCUCGUGGACAGUAUGCAGCCAUGGAUUGUUAUUUUGGCCACUCUCGUUGACGCUGGCCUAGCUGUUACCUUUCCCCUUGUUGUCACUUUGGUUCCAGACGUUGCCAAAGCGGCCUUAAUGCACAUCGUUUCCCUGCUCUUCGGAGUCAGUGCUGGGGUGAUCUGCGGGGGGAGCAUCCCUGUCGCCAGUGCCAUGCCGUACAACUUCAUUGGGUCUUUUUCCAUGGGCCAAGGUGUGGCGGGAAUCCUCAGUUUUUCCGUGAAUCUUGUGUUCUCGUUUUCGUUUGACCUUGGAAGCGAAGAAGGUGUCUCGUCGAUGCUCUGGCUCGUGUUCGGCAUCUCAUCUGUCGUCUCCAUCGUUUCCGCAGGACUGCUGUUCUUUGCGGUGAGGCAGCCGUGGGCAGCUAGGCAGUUGACGCGCUACUGGGAAGCAAAGCGCAGUCGCCGACAAGGCAGUCGCUGGGCGGAGAUCAAGCGUCGCUGGAGGUGUGAUGCUGCAGGCAGAGAGCUUCCCGUGAUUCAGAAUGAGGUGUUUGUCGACGAAUCAGCAAACCGGACGGCCCACGCAAUUGAGCUGAAGAAGCAGAACUUGCAAAGCAGCGAAAAGAAGUCAGCAGUGCACUAUGAUGUGGAUGCGGCUGAUCAGACGGCACGGAGCAGGGGAAAUUCUAGUGUCGCGGUUUCUCUCCCAGUGUCCAAGGUGGAGUUUGCAGCUUCUGAAGAGCAGAAACAGCAGUCCUCUGAAGUUGCAGAGGAAAAGAGCCACGGGAUCUCAGUGUUUGGGAAAAGGAAGCAAGGCGAUGCCGUAGGUCUGAGACUUUCAGGCAAAGUACAGGCGGAGCAAUCAGGACGCGGGGCUGCAGCUGGCCAGACGUUUUCGUCACGGCCCGCUGGCAGCGAGCUAUGCGUGGGCAGCCGCGAAGGAACUGAGUGCGAACUGAAUCUCGAUAUGGUGAACGACGAGUGCCACUGGCCCUCCCGAGGUUGGCGGUAUUUUUUGCGAGAUUCAGGGAUUUUCCUAUUCUGUGUCUUCUUCAACUUCUUCGUCACGCUUAACCUCUUCCCGCGAGUCGGCCCCAUCAUGUGGCACUACCCUGGUUUCGCCAAGAACGGCCCGCAGUACAUCAUCCUUUUUGGACUCUUCUCGAUUGGAGAUCUCUGCGGCAAGUCGCUACCCGACCUUGCCACGCUCUCUCCACGCGUCGGUCGCUGGCUUACGAUUCCAGAGAAACUACUUCUUCCCAUAGUGUUGAGCAGGGUUGUCCUCGCCGUUUUCUUUCUGUUGGGUGCGUACCUCGUGAACGCGUUCUUCAAUUCAUUUGCGCUCUAUGUUAUACUCAUCUUGCUUCUCUCUGUGACGAGUGGCUGGUGUGCGACAGCAUCAAUGGUGUACGCCUGUUCAUCGGUUAAGCGGUUCGAGGAAAAAGAGAUCGUGGGUCCUAUGUCUGUCCUCAUGCUUCUCGUAGGCAUCAUGGCAGGUGUCUACUCAGCCUUAGCGUACUAAAGAGUAAAGAAAUCAUUUACGCGCUGGCGCUCGCGUUCGACGUCUGUGAAUUUGCAUAGAAGAGCAUGUAUCGUGGAACCUUUCGAUGUGCUGGAGGCGAAGGGGCGCCACUCACUUUCGCUGCCUUCAUCGUCUGCGUCUCCAUAACACAGUAGUGUAGAUGUGCUGGCCAAGCAUCGUCGUAAACAGUCCAAUUUUCGAAUCUGUCGUGUAUGAUCUUCGUAAAUUUUCCUUGAGACACAGCGCCCGGCGUUUUCUUCCCCGUUUCUCGAUGCUCUGGUAGUCUUCACAGAUUGUGUGAGUUGAAUUCAUGAGAGCAGUUCUCCGUUGUGUUUCCUCGUCUGCUUUCCAUAAUCUACAGAAGAAUCGUCCGCUAGUUUGGCAUUUUUAACAGAUCUCGGGCGAAACAGACGCUCAGCGAGAAUGGAGACUGAAUGUGUCUUUUUUUGUUGCGUAUAAGCCAGUGCUGUCAGUUGCCUGGACACGAGUGUGUCUGUUCCCUGUGGAACAGCCGUCCACCCAUAACAGUCGAUGUGUGACUCUCGACACUGUGGAGUCGUUCUGUAGAACAACUCCCUUUGUAUCGCCCGUAAACUGAUUCCGUAUGCCGUGAGAUAAACGCAG